AUGGCACACCUGGAUCCCUAUCGCUACCUCCCAGGACUCGUCCUGCUGCUCUUGCCGCCGCUGCUGCUGCUGCUGCUGCCCCCGGCGGCUCCCGUCUCACUGACCCGCCGCACUCCCGCGGCCCUCGAGGGAUUCCGGAGGUUGGGGAUCCGCGGCCCAGCGGGCAGCCCCGGCCACCGCCCUGCUCCCACCAGCGCGCCCUAUUCUGGAGCUAGCGAGCCCGGCGGUGCUGGCGGUGCAGGUGUUUGCAAGAGCAGACCGUUGGACUUGGUGUUUAUUAUCGAUAGUUCUCGUAGUGUCCGGCCACUGGAGUUUACCAAAGUGAAAACCUUUGUCUCCCAGAUAAUUGACACUCUGGACAUCGGGGAGGCAGACACGCGGGUGGCAGUAGUGAACUAUGCUAGCACUGUGAAGAUCGAGUUCAAUCUCCAGGCACACUCAGAUAAGCAGUCCCUGAAGCAGGCCGUGGCUCGAAUCACACCCUUAUCAACAGGCACCAUGUCAGGCCUGGCCAUCCAGACUGCAAUGGACGAAGCCUUCACAGUGGAGGCAGGAGCUCGGGGGUCCCCCUCCAACAUCCCCAAAGUGGCCAUCAUCGUGACAGAUGGUAGACCCCAGGACCAGGUGAAUGAGGUGGCAGCUCGGGCUCGGGCAUCUGGUAUUGAGCUCUAUGCUGUGGGCGUGGACCGGGCAGAUAUGGAGUCCCUCAAGAUGAUUGCCAGUGAACCCUUGGAUGAUCAUGUUUUUUACGUGGAGACCUAUGGGGUUAUUGAGAAACUUUCCUCUAGAUUUCAGGAAACUUUUUGUGCUCUGGAUCCAUGUGUGCUCGGCACACACCAAUGCCAGCACGUGUGUGUCAGUGACGGGGAAGGCAGUCACCACUGUGAGUGUAGCCAAGGUUAUACCUUGAAUGCUGAUAAAAAAACCUGUUCAGCUACUGAUAAGUGUGCUCUUAACACUCAUGGAUGUGAACACAUCUGUGUGAAUGACAGAGCAGGCUCUUAUCAUUGUGAGUGCUACGAAGGUUAUACCUUGAAUGAAGACAGGAAAACUUGUUCAGCUCAGGAUAAGUGUGCUUUUGGUAUACAUGGGUGUCAGCACAUUUGUGUGAGUGACAGAGCUGGGUCCCAUCACUGUGAAUGCUAUGAGGGCUACACUUUGAAUGAAGACAAAAAAACAUGUUCAGUACGCAACACAUGUGCUCUGGGCACUCAUGGCUGUCAGCAUGUUUGUGUGAGUGAUGGGGCAGCAUCCUACCACUGUGAUUGCUAUGCUGGCUACACCUUGAAUGAAGAUAAAAAGACAUGCUCAGUCAUUGAAGAAGCACGAAGACUCAUUUCCACGGAAGAUGCUUGUGGGUGUGAAGCCACACUGGCAUUCCAGGAGAAGGUCAGCUCAUAUCUCCAGAGACUGAACACAAAACUUGAUGACAUUUUGGAGAAGUUGCAAGUAAAUGAAUAUGGACAAGUACAUCGUUAAAUUGCUCAUAUUUCACCUGGCAACAUGGAGAGCUUGACGUAUCUAAUAAUCAUUCAUGUUUUUCAUACUUACUGAGUAUCUCCAAUGCACCAGAUAAUAAUUUGUCAUUACAAAUGCUUGAAUAAUACUGGAUAAAUAGUAAGAGGAUCUUCAGUUGAGUCAGUUUUAUCUUUUCUCCCCAAGGAAGAACAUGUUCAGAUCCUUAUUAAGAACAAUCUUAAGUGUAUCUAAACUAUAAAUGUGAAAUGAUUGGUAGGAAAUAGAAUGAAA